AUGACGACACAGUUGCUCGCGACUGAGCUAGCUAAUCUCAUUCAGGAGAGCAAGCGAAAGCACAACGACUUGCGACAGGCCGCUGAAAAGUCUCUUGAAGAGCUGAAACAACUUGGGCCCCUCUCUGAGAGCGCAGUCUCCGAUCAGCUGUCGCAAAAGACCAAUUUCGUCAACCCAUUCAUUAUUGCUUGCGGAACCAAAAAUGCAAAGUUUACUAGCAUUGCCAUUGUGUGCCUGCAGAGGCUCAUUGUUGCCAGUGCCUUGCCACGGUCAAAGCUCAACCAGGUUCUCGAAGCCUUGAUGCAAGCAUCUUCCGCAGCUUUGGAUGUCCAGCUCAAAAUUUUGCAAGCCUUGCCGUCGCUUCUGCAAAAUUACGCUGCCGAACUUCAAGGAGAGCUUCUCGUUACCACACUCAAUAUCUGCUUCAUCCUGCAGAGCAGUAAAAAUGCAAUUGUCAAUAACACAUCCGCGGCCACGCUGCAGCAGCUUGUAGUAGCCGUCUUUGACAAGGUUGUUACCGAAGAUAAAAACGGUUCCAGUGAGCCGUUUGUCGGCGAGGCUGCUACCUCCAAUGGCAAGGUCCAACUACGUGCUGCAGCCCUCGAUGCCUACAGAGUGAGCCGCAUUCGCCCCUAA